AUGAGAGCUGCCGUUGUGCUCGUCGGUCUCGCAGUGUGCGCCGCUGGCUCUGCUUUGCCCACCACCGAGCAGAACACACCCAAUGAUGGUCUCCAAGCUCCCAGCCUUGUUCCCACGAAUCAUGCUGUCGGACCUGUUUUCGGACCAGAUCUCAGAGUGUUCUUUGUUGCAAGCAGGGUGACAGACAAACAGUUCGACCCGAGUUCGCAGAUCUACGCUGCCAGAUUUGAAGCGCAUAUCAAUCAUCGCAAUAAUGCCAUGGACAUCUUCUAUCCCGUCGAAGGCGUCACGGCAAAGUGGGAAUCAUCAAACGUCGCCAAAUCAGACGGUGAUCUGCUUGAGCAUUGCUACACAGUCGCUGGAGGAGGACAGACCCAAAGCCCUAAUCCCGAAGACAACGUCGUAAUCUGCUUCCGCUUCAGGCGCUGGUCCGUCGUGUUCUCUAGUUGGUGGCUCAAAUCGACCAAUGUACACGACAAGAACGACAUUCUCGUGGAGUUCGUCGAGUCCGAUCUCUAUGUUGACGAGGUUAAACUCAAGCAAGACUAUGCCCCGCUAGUUUGA